GAGGUGGCGGGCUGGGCCGUGGCUGCGUGAGAGACCGCGGAGGCCCAGGGCCGGGGCGAACACCGGGCGGGCCUGGGCCGCCGCGGGAGUCCUGCCGGGUACAGGGGGCCGCGCCGGGCUGAGCGGCAGGGACGCGGCUGCCCGCAGGAACGUAGACGGGCGGCCGCGGGUGUGGGGGGCGUGUGUGUGACGUGCGCGGUGGGAGAUGGGGCCUCGGCCGUGCCGCCGCCGUGUGCGUGAGGUGACUGGGCUCUGGUUGUGUGGGUGCGCGGGCCCGCGGGUGGGUGCGGUUGUAUUUGGUUAUGUGGCUGAGGGGUGGGCGGGUGGCUGUCUCCCGGGUGGUGUGUUUGGUUCUCUAGUUGCUUUAGGUUGAGACGUUAUAGGCUCUUGAGUUUGUGCGGAGUUGUUGAUAGGGUUUUGUGUGGCGUCGGUGCAAUUGGUGGCGUCACGUCUGCUCUUUCGUGUGUUACGCGACGUGUGCACAGUCGUGCCGAUUUAUGUGGAGGGUGGUUGUGUGCUCUCGUGAGGCCGUCAUGAGUGCGGCUGUGGAAUGUGUAUCUGUGAGGUACGUAGCAGGGUAGCAUUUGUGCCGGACCUAGAGUUGCAGGACAUGUAGAUUUUAUUUUUAUUUUUUACUUGGGUUAGGGUGUGCGGGGCUUGCCUGUGUUAUCGUUGUGGGGUCUGGCUAGGUGGUUUGCAGUAGAUUUCUUUGGUUUGUGGUGGGUGUGUGGUUAUAUGAAUUUACAGUUCAUUCAUUCAUUCGUGGAGCUGUAUGGCGUUGCUUCGAGGUUUGUGCCAGGCCCUGGCCUAGAUCCUGGGCCUGGCGGGGAAAACAGGCAGUCUCUGCCCUCAUAGAGUUUAGUCUUAUGUAUUUAGUCAUUUUAUAUGCUUAUGAUUAUAAAUUGGGGUAAAUGCUGUGAAGGAAAAGAACCGGGCUGGCCCAUGGGAGAAUUCAAGUAAGAGACAUUUGCUUAAAGAAGCGAGGUUGGGUUGAGAUGUGAGGGGUGUGUAUGUGUUUAAUUUGUGGUUGUGAGGGGUGAGUGGUGGGAAGGAAGGGGGCUUUGGGAGUCAGGGAGUCCGAAGAACCAUUGGUUUGGAAGGGAACUGGAGCUUCUCUUUCAGCGAGCAUCUGGAAACGGGGCUGACAUCGGCACGUGUACAGUCACUGGGUUUCUUAGAGGUAAAAACCAGGGACCUAGUGUUUCAUUUCACCACCACCCUUAAGUUUUGAGGCCUGGGCGGUCUCCCCUCAGUGACUCUCUCAAAGCCGAGGGUCACACGGUCCCUCUCACCUCUCUACUGUCGUUUGGAGCCUCAGGGGCUUGGGGAGAAAUUUCUCUGCUUCUGUGGAAUGGUUUUAUAUAGGUUCUCCCAAUGGCCAGGAGUUUUUCUUAGGUGACAUUGGAAGUAACUUCGCCACAGUCCAGUAAAACUGAAAGUGUAAUUUAUUAAGCCCUGAAUUGUUUAAGCACCAAGUCCUUUUCUUUUUAAAGCAGUGAGUCUGUUAGGCUGCUGCUCAACUGUCACUUGCUGGUUUAGAAACUCUAGUAAAAGUCACAGGAGAGAAAGUGCUCUACAAAUGUGAGUUGUGUACAAGUUUUUGUGUGACAUGUAUCGUCAUACCUCUUAGGGGUGGAGUUGUUGGGUCCUGUGUUAACUCUUUAACCUUUUGAGGGGUUACUCAGCUGUAACUAUUUUCCAAAGUGGCUGUACCAUUUUCCAGUCCUACCGGAGUGUGAAAUAGAUUUUUCUUUUUGACUGACUAGGUUUCUAAUGCUCUUCCUGAAACUGAGGUUGAGAUUUUUUGGUUUGGUUUGGUUUGGUUUGGUUUUUAGGCCAGACACAAUCUCUUUUUCAUCGUUGCAUUUUUGGUACAGGCGCAAGAGCACAAUACAUGAGGUUGAAUAAAUGAUCAAGGUGAAGAGAGUCAAACAAAAACUCUGCAUGUUGAUAAGUACUGCAGACAUUUCCCCAGUGGCUAAAGUAGCGUGCAAGUUAUGACGUUGGACCAUUUGGAAUGAAUUUAGGGAAUUGCUUGGUAUGUUGUCUUUGCUGUUGAAGUUGAAUUUGUUUUUUUCUUACCUUCAAGGAACUGUGCUUUCGACUUCUUUGAGUUGCCAUUGUCCAAUGAUGUUCCUAUAUAUCUUACAAGUUUUUGUAUUUUGGUCUAAGGAUUUGCACAGAAAAAACAUUAAAUACCCUUGCUUAAUUGUGAAAAGAAUCAAGAAAGUUCUCAGUUGCUGCUAAUUUGCCUGAAUUGCUUUUUUCCCCCUACUCUUUCCUGUCUCAGGGCUUCUCCUGAUCCAAAGAGGAUGAGGAGACCACGAUGCAGCUUCUCUGUCAUCUGUGUGCUGCUUGGUUAGGCUAAUGCUGCGGCAGGCCUAGGCCACUGCAGAAGAAUCAAGCUGACUCUUGGCAUGAAGCCCCUGGCUUGUGGGGGUUGAGAGGGACACUGCCAUGGCUUCUCUGGAUGACCCAGGGGAAGUGAGAGAGGGCUUCCUUUGCCCUUUGUGCCUGAAGGACCUGCAGUCUUUCUAUCAGCUUCAGUCACACUAUGAGGAAGAGCACUCCGGGGAAGACCGUGAUGUCAAAGGGCAAAUUAAAAGUUUUGUACAGAAGGCUAAGAAAGCAAAGAACAGGCUGUUGAAGCGAGAAGGAGAUGACCGAGCAGAAUCGGGGAGCCAAGGAUAUGAGUCUUUCAGCUAUGGAGGGGUGGACCCUUACAUGUGGGAACCCCAGGAGCUGGGUGCUAUCAGAAGCCAUCUUUCUGACUUUAAAAAACAUCGAGCUGCCAGAAUUGACCACUACGUUGUUGAAGUCAAUAAAUUAAUAAUCAGAUUAGAGAAGCUCACUGCCUUUGACAGAAUGAAUACUGAGUCCGCCAAGAUCCGAGCCAUAGAAAAGUCUGUGGUGCCUUGGGUGAACGACCAGGAUGUCCCUUUCUGCCCAGACUGUGGGAGCAAGUUCAGCAUCCGGCACCGCCGGCACCACUGCCGCCUCUGUGGGUCCAUUAUGUGCAAGAAGUGCUCGGAGCUCAUCAGCCUUCCCUUGGCAAACAAGCUCACCAGUGCCAGCAAGGACUCCCUGAGCACCCACACCAGCCCCAGCCAGUCACCCAGCAGCAUCCAGGGCUCCCGCCGGGGUAGCAUCAGCAGCUUGAGCAGUGUGAGCUCCGUCCUGGACGAGAAGGAUGACGACCGCAUCCGCUGCUGCGCACACUGCAAGGGCACGCUGCUCAAGAGGGAGCAGCAGCUGGAUGAGAGGGAGCACAGUCCCGACAUUGUGAAGCUCUACGAGAAAUUACAGCUUUGCAUGGAGAAAGUUGACCAAAAAGCUCCCGAGUACAUCAGGAUGGCAGCAUCAUUAAAUGCCGGGGAGACAACCUACAACCUGGAACAUGCCAAUGAUGUGCGGAUGGAGGUGCAGAAAGUGUAUGAGCUAAUAGAUGCUUUAAGUAAGAAGAUCCUAACCUUAGGCUUGAACCAGGACCCUCCUCCACAUCCAAACAGCACGCGGCUGCAGAAGAUGAUCAGAUACUCAGCCACGCUUUUUGUGCAGGAAAAGCUGCUUGGUUUGAUGUCACUGCCAACUAAAGAACAGUUUGAGGAACUGAAAAAGAAAAGGAAGCAGGAAAUGGAGAGGAAGAGGAUCCUGGAGAGACAGGCUGCCCUGGAGGCCCAGCGAAGGCUCGAGGAAAGGCGGAGCCACACGGCCCCGCGGGCGGCCAAUGGGGAGGUGGCGGCCCUUCGUGGGGGCCCUGGCCCCGUGAGGAAGGCCGAGGGCUGGCUCCCGCUCUCGGGAGGGCAGGGGCAGAGCGAAGUCUCGGACCCCCUGCUGCAGCAGAUCCGCAACAUCACGUCGUUCAUCAGGCAGGCCCGGGCGGCCGGCCGCGCAGAUGAGGUGCGCACCCUGAAGGAGAACCUGCGGCAGCUGCAGGACGAGUAUGACCAGCAGCAGACGGAGAAGGCCCUGGAGCUGUCCCGGAGGCAGGCCGAGGAGGAGGCCCUGCAGCGAGAACAGCUGCAGAUGCUGUGUGAACGCGAGUGGGAACGGGAGAGGGAGCAGUUCCGGGCGGCGUCCCUGCACACGCGGACGCGGUCCCUGGACUUCCGAGAGGUGCGGCCUUUUCAGCUGGAGCCUGGCCGAGAGCCCCGCUUCCACCCUGCCCACGCUGCGGGUCUCAGCUCUUCGCCAGAUUGGAGCAGUGCGGCUCCCGAGACGCCUUCCCCCAGCGUAGCCCUGGAGCCCGUGCCAGCGUGGUCUGGGCUUCCGGCCCCUGGCCAGGACUCCCUGCCCCCAGGCCCUGGCUCACAGCAGAAUGCCGUGCCCUCCUUCAACCCCUUUGAGGAGGAAGCGCCCCCCGGCCCCCCUGCCGCAGAGCCUGCCUGCCGCCCUUCUGCCUGCGCCCUCAGAGAGUACAAUCCUUUCGAGGAGGCGGAGGCGGCCGUGGCUGUGGCAGGGAACCCCUUAGCUAGCCUGGGCAGCCCGGCGCCCAACCCCUUCGACGAGGACGAUGAGCAGCCCCACCAGAGGCCCGCAAGCCUCCCGGUUCCUGGCAACCCCUUCGAGGACGCCCCCUGCACCAACCCCUUCGAGACGGACAGUGACGCAGUGCCAGAGGCCGAGGGGCCCAUCGAGGAGGAGCUCCUCCUGCAGCAGAUCGACAACAUCAAGGCGUACAUCUUCGAUGCGAAGCAGUGCGGCCGCCUGGACGAGGUGGAGGUGCUGACGGAGAACCUGAGGGAGUUGAAGCGCGCUCUGGCCAAGCAGCAGGGUCCUGACUGAGGGCGGGCGGCAGGGCUGGGCAGGUGGAUGAGGUGGCCCUGACCCGGCAGGGAGCCGCAGUGAUGCGCACACUCCAGGGUUUCCCCACUAUAGCUGAAUAUUUACAUGGUAACGAGAACAGGGAGCACCAGCAUUUAUUUGCCUUUCUUCCUGUUUGUUUUUUUAAAUUGGGUUUUCCCUUAGAAAGGGACUUGACAUUUUCACUACAGUGAUAAAACUAAAUGCAGUUCUCAAACGGCUGCCACCCCCUUAAGGGUGCUUUGGCUCCUGCCUAGUGCUUGGUCAUUAUGCAGUAUUAUGGGGCAGCCUUAGAAAGUGCCCUUCCUUUCACCAAGACAGACAAGAUGGGGUCCUUUCAGCCUUACCCUGCUCUGGCAGAGUCUGUCCCCAGACUUCUAUGGGUUCAUUUCCCCUGGGGCCUUCUCCACCCUGUGUGGCACAUUCCACCCUAUGCAGCCAUCGGGGAGGUACUGCUAAGAAGUUUAGACCUAGGAGAGCCCAGCACCCCUUUUAAAGAGAGGGUGAUGGGGGUGACGUUUCACCAGUCUGUUUUCCCCUCAGCUUAAGUCCUUGUUUGUCUCUUUCAGGAAGUUGAACUCCCAGUGCAGGUGUAUCACUGUGAGUUUGAUCAUGAGCUUUUUAGAAAAAAGGAGUGGCUGACUGGUUGAGGGGGUAGCAUUAUUUGGGGUACAUCUACCCAGAUGGCGCUCUUUGGAAACAAACUGAUGGAGUGAUUGUCUGUCUCUGGAGAAACCUCCCUCUAGAGCUUUGUCAAAAUUAUUCUGAGCUGGGCUUUUUCAGAGAGCCUAGUCUGUCAUUUAGGAAUUGGUGAUCAGGAGUCAGGAGAGUGGAAACUUCCCUCAGUCAGAAGAUAAUUUACAAAACCCAUUGAUCAGCUUCCUUCCCUGUUGGUUCAUCCUGUCCUAACCUGGGACACUGGUGAGAUAUUUUCUUACCAAUGUUUAGUACCAAGAAAGGGAAAUGUCUGAAGAGGCACAAUGCAGGAUUGUUCUGAUAGUGUCUCAGUCCUUGAACUCUUCACCAGUUAAGGGCAUAAAGGGAAAUCGUUAAUUUAGCUCUGGUGCUUUGGUUUACAGAAACAUAACCCUUAACUGACUUUGACAUCAUGACACCCAAGUGUGCUCAGCUCUAGGUGGAGUCCCUGCAGCUACACUUGUUGAUUAAUGAACAAUACCUGGCCACUAGUCACUUUAUACCCCUUAUGUAACGUGGGAGUCACACCCACACUGGUUACUGGUCUGAGAGCUGAAAUUCAUUUUGUUACAUUCUGGGAAGAACCCUGUUGUUCCUGGGAAUGUCAGAAAAACACUGUAGUGUUGAAGUAAUCUGUAUUUGUGUUGACACUAUUUACAUUUGCUUAGCACCUGUCAGAUCUUCAGGCUGACUGAUAAGGUCCUGUAUUGGGGUGUGGGGAUGGGGAGUGGGUGGAGGCUUUGUGGAGGAACCUUGGCAUUGGGGUUCUGUUUCACAAAGGAUGAGUGGGUUCCAGUGUCAGGCAGUUACAAACCCUGCUGAUUGUCAUGGAGGUUUUAAAAGGUUGUCAACUAAGUGCCUAAAAUGUUGCCUGGUCCAGGCUCCUCUUCUUCCUUGAGGCCCAUGCCCUUUGUGCUGUUAUUACCCAGGAGGGUUUCAUGGCUGGCUGUCAUGCCACCCCCUGCCCAGCCUGUCUUUUCUCUCUGACUAAAGAGGAAGGCAUUCCCUGCACCAAAAAGCAGGUUGUUCCAGAAGCUAAAUGCUGCUGUCCAUCAUAAGUACUUUUCUUAUGAGAGUAUCUAUCUUAAUUAGCUGGUGAUUUGGAGACUGGUUUACUGAACAUCCUCUUUUUCUAAAAUCAACCCCAGGUAGCAAUCUGUAAGUAACUAAGAGCAUUGAGAACCACACAUAUAAGAAACAUUUUUUAAAACUUAAAAAAAAAAUCACUAAAUAUACUAACCCAAACUGAAACCCUCUGAUGUGAUUGAACCCUUCUGUGGGUGUAGUCUUCCAUGAACUCUUCCAUUUAAUUCUUCCAUGGCUAUAUUCUCCUAUAAUUGUAGACAUGACAGGCAGUAGGAUUCUCUAACCUCCGCAGUACCAUUUCCUGGAAUUCACCCAGGCACAAAGCUGGAUCACAGAGAUAGGUUAACGUCAGGUAAAAGAUGGCCCAUGAAUUGCAACCACAAUGUCAAGUUCUUACCCCAUGUGAAUAUCUCACCCUUCCUGCAGUCCUUCAAGGCAAACAGCUUCGUCUCACCAGAAAAUGAGCAAGUUCUUAAUCUGGCCCUGGCAGAUCUCCCUCUACAUAGAUCAUGUGAGGAAGAGACCUUGGGGAUUCAGAUACCAAAUGAAGUUGGCUUUUCCUUUGUAUGUCUUGAUUGUAUUUUCCCUGUCUAAUACACUAAGGAUACCUAUUCAUUUUGCUUGCAGCUCAUGAUGUCUUUGCUGUUUCGAUGCUAAAAUGUACCUCUUGAGUCACUGGGAGCCAUGUGGUGGGUUGGACAUUGGCGUAGUUAGGUGAUGGGACUCAACAUGAGAACUGGUCUCUUAACAGGUCAUGGACUGUGAUAGCAGAUUGUGCAUGUCAUCAGACAGUGACGGACAGUUUGAAGGUCACUGGUUUGCAUGCACUGCUCUGGGGCCUUGUAAUGGGACCUUUUUUAAAACAGAUAUUAGUGGUUGUGUGUGUGUGUGUAUGUACACGCAUGCUGCAAGAGAGGAUCACCAGAUAACAUCCCCAUACCCCUUCCUUAAUGACCCUCUGAGUAUCAGAAGAAAGCCCCAGCUCCUGGGUUACUUGUGUGGUUAAGGCCUCUGGAUAAAAGGUCCCUGGGCUUUUUACGGGAUAAAUGGGGUUCCAGUUCUGCCUGUAUCCCUUGUUAUUCCUGCAGUAUGGAUUAAAGGAACUGUUUCACUCUAGUGCAAAACCCUUUACAAUCCACCAUCCCAUUACAUGCUGGAAGAAACAGGCUCAGAGAGGUUGAGGAACCUUACAGCUGCCGUUUGUGCCAGACACUGUGCUGUAUUUUCACACCUCCCUCACUUAGCUCUACCAGCAGGCCUAUGGGGUAGGAACUCAUAUUCAUCUGGCAGACGAAGAAACAGGUUGAGAAAGGUUAGCCUGGUUGGGGUCACACAGCCAGUGCUGGAAUGAGGAUCUAAGGCCUUGUCUGCCUGACUCUGCCCUAAGUAGCAAGGACCACUCGAUCUGAUCAGGUGUGGCAGGAGCGCUCAAGCAUGUGUCUGGCCCUGUCAUAGCAGAAACUGGCAGUGGGCAAAGAUGUCGGGAGUUGCUAAGUGGGUUUUUGAUACUGAUGUCAUUUGGGCUUUUGAAACAGCCCUCCCCAGGACCUCUGUAGAUUACUAAACCAAGAGGGGAUGAUAUUUAGUGCUCACUGUGAGCAGGAGAGAACGCUAAGUAUUGUGCAUGGAUUACCUCAUUUAAUCCUCCCAGCAACCCAGUGUACAGAUGAAGAAAUGAGUGUGGUGAGGUUAAGCUUGCCUGGGGCUCUUCAGCUCAGGUCUGUCUGACUCUAAAACCCAAGCUUCCCUGGCCUGCUUCAUAUACGGACACUCACAUUUCAGUUGUGGGAUGGUGUAUUUCAUCCCUAAGAAGCACCUUAUGUGGACUUGAAAAUCAAAAGCUUUUUUCUGCCUAAAACUUUCAGUAGCCAGGUGCAGUUUUAAAAGUAUCUCAGAAAGGACUUUUGGUUUCCGCUCAGGCAUGCAAAGAGUUUAGAAGUUGUCACUCUUGUCCUACAACAGUUAAAAACUAUACAGAAAAAAAACAAACAAUGACUUUUCUUGGAUCCAUCAGACAACCAAGUUUGCAGGGCAAACUGCAGCCUCAAAAUCUGGAGAGAGAGGUGAAUCCAGAGUCACCACUGACAGCUGCUUAACAUGGAGCAGGAGCCACUCAGCCAUGGCUGGUAGGAACACUUUUGAUGAACUAGUGGAGGCUGAGUGUGGUCCAGCAUGGGAGUGAGAAAGUCCUGGAGACCACAGCCUACGGGAUACCCCACACUUUCAUGGGUGUUGCCUCCAGGAACCUCUCCUGGUUUUCACAGUGGAUUGCUGAGAAAGAUCCCCUGGUGCCUCUGGCAGGGUAUGGGGAAGAGUAUUCUUUGUAAAAUAAACUCGGAGCAUUCCCAAGGGGCAAGGCUUAUCUGCCUUACCAGUGGCUAAUCCCACCUAGGGAAGGCCCUUCUUUCACCCAAGUCCCUUGUAGGCUUCCUGUCUCAUCUAAAUGGAGGGAAGGUGUGAUAUAAUGGGUUAUAAAAAUAUAUAUAUUUGGUCAUUCAUGUGACCAAGUAUGUCUUUUCCAGGUGUAUUUUGUCUUCAAAGUUCCUGAAAACACUGCAGUCUUAAAGGUGGAACAGGUGUUUUGUCAUGUUAAUGAGAGACUUUUGGACCCCCAGGCAAGGGCAGGGGCUGGAGGUUGGAUUGGCCAAUGGCCAAUAAUUUAGUCAGGACUAUGCAGUGAAGCCCUCACAAAACCCAGGAGAAGAGCUCUCUCACUCUGCUCAGUGGGAUCCUGCUCCUUGGUUGGAGAGAGCUCCUAUGCUUGGGGAGCCAGAACAUCUCCACAUGCCACGGAGCCAGGCCUGAAGCUCCGCGAGGAUAGACGCUCCUUCCUUUGGGACCUUGCCCUUUGUCUCUCUUCACCUGGCUGUUAACUUGUAUCCUUCACAGUAUCCUUCAUUAAACUGGUAAACAUGU